AUACAGUUGUUUACUUGGAGACUUGACUUUCCUGGUAAAGUACAAAGUACUAAUCUGAAUAUUAGUAGAAUUUUAUCAUACGUAUAAUUGCAAGAUAAAAUUAGGGGAAAAAUAAAAAACAGGAGAGAAUUUAGAUUUUAUUCUGGUGUACAUAAAAAAAUAGUCUUUGUCAAAAACAAAAAAAAUGGUAAGGCCCAACAAAUUUCAGAGGGUAGCAUUAUUCCAAAAAAAAAUAAAAUAUAAAUAAUAAUUCAGAGGGUAGCAAAUCAAAUUUGACUAAACAUACACGUGGCACUUAUCCAUUAAAAAAAACGUGGAUUUUCAUCAGAAAGUUCCAAAUUAGGGUACACCGUCCCACACCUAAUAAAAACCCUUUCCUUAUCCUACGUGGAGUAGUGUUUAUAAAUACCAUAUAUUUCCCCCUUUUUCUUCGCCAAUUUAUUUCUGGAAAACAAAAUUUAUCUUUAUUUUUUUGAACAAAAUUUCAUCUUUAUUUAAUCCAAAAAAAAAAAAAAAAAAAAAAUCUAUCUACUACACCAAAACGAUGCCGUAUUGCAAUGUUUCUGGUGGGCAACCGGACGGCGCCGGGAAAAAUGGGGCCCGAAUUUUUUAUCGAACGUACGGGAGUGGACCCGUAAAAGUUCUUCUUAUAAUUGGUUUAGCUGGAACACAUGAUUCAUGGGGUCCUCAAAUCAAAGCGUUGGCAGGGACUGAUGUACCCUGUGAUGAGAAAUCAACCGUGGAUGAUGAGGGUGUAGGGAAUGGGAGUAUGGAGGUUUGUGCAUUUGAUAAUCGGGGAAUGGGUCGGAGCUUUGCUCCUAUCAAAAGAUCCGAGUAUACAACAACGAUUAUGGCAAAGGAUGUGAUAGCUGUAAUGGAUCAUUUGGGUUGGAAGAAAGCACAUGUUUUCGGGCAUUCAAUGGGUGGUAUGAUAGCUUGCAAGUUAUCAGCUUUAGUACCCGAUAGAGUUUUAUCCUUGGCUUUACUUAAUGUAACUGGAGGAGGAUUUCAAUGUCUGCCAAAGCUUGAUCGGCUAACUAUAUCAGUUGCGGUGCGGUUCCUGAUGGCCAAGACACCAGAAGAAAGGGCUGCUGUGGACUUGGACACACAUUACAGCCAGGACUAUCUUAAAGAGUGUGUUGGAGAGAGUACAAGACGAGCAAUUUUAUACAAGGAAUAUGUCAAAGGUAUAUCAAAAACUGGAAUGCAGGCCAAUCAUGGUUUUGAAGGUCAGAUCAAUGCUUGUUGGACACAUAAGUUGACCAGAGCAGAAAUUGAACAAAUUCGUUCUGCUGGUUUCCUCAUCUCUGUCAUUCAUGGAAGACAUGACAUCAUAGCUCAAAUUAGUCACGCAAAACGACUAGCGGAGAAGUUUCAUCCUUUUGCCAGAAUGGUGGAUUUACACGGAGGGCAUCUGGUGAGCCAUGAGAGGACUAACGAGGUUAACGAAGCACUUCUUGAUUUAAUUAGAGCAUCAGAAUGCAAGACAAGCGCACAUGAUUGGACAAAUUUGCCUGAUAAGACAAGCUCAGAUUGGAUACCAUUGAUGAUGCUGAGCACUACAAAAUCAGCUACAAGAAGCAGCCUAUCAUCCAUGUAUAGAGUAUUGGAAAGAUUGAACGGUUACUCGAUAUAUCUCUUCGGUGUCUUUGUGCUUCUAUACGAGUAUGUACGAAGAGCAGUGGGAAGAUUCAAGCCCGUCAGGAUAGGGGCUACUCUCACAUGACCCAAUAUAUAAGACCGUUGCUUGUCCACUUGAGAGACUCAUUGGGAUUGAGCCUUUACGAAAACCAACAUCCGGGUGCAAAUUUCUCCUCAUAAGCUCAGGAUUUGCUCGAACGUUGGUCGCAAUUUUGAUUCUGUGCAACGAAAAUUUACUUGCAACGAUUGCAAAUAUAUAUAGUAUAUAAAAAAAGGGCGGAUGAGAGGAAGUGUUUUUGUCCCCUUUCCUUGCUAUUGUGACUUGUGAGGCCUUGUAUUACCAGCGGCCCUGUCAUAAAAUGAGGGGAGAUCCCAGCUGAUAAUUGUAACAUAUAUAAUUUGAUCAUAAUUGUGAAUUGAAAAAGAUUGAAUAAUUAUAUUGAACUAUACUUUUAUUCUUCUAUU